AUGAAGAGAGAAAAAAGAAGAAUGAAAAUCACGAAGACAAUGGGCCGUGAAGAUCGAAGAUGUGAAGACAAGGACAACGGGAGCAGUGAAGAUGAAGACUGCGAGCACCUAACUAUCACGACGAAGAGAGAAGAAAGAAGAAUGAAAAUUACGAAGACAUACAUGGGCCGUGAAGAAAAGGACAGCGAGAACAGUGGAGAUGAAGACUACGAGCACCUACCAAUAGAGAUGAAGACAGAAGAAAGAAGAAUAAAAAUCACGAAGACAAUUGACCAUGAAGACAAGAACAGCGAGAGCAAUGAAGAUGAAGACUACGAGCACCUAACUAUCAUGAAGAAGAGAGAAGAAAGAAGAAUAAAAAUCACGAAGACAAUGGGCUGUGAAGACAAGGACAGCGGGAGCAGUGAAGAUGAAGACUACGAGCUCCUAACUAUCACGAUGAAGAGAGAAGAAAGAAGAAUAAAAAUCACGAAGACAAUGGGCCGUGAAGACCGAAGAUGUGAAGACAAGGACAGCGGGAGCAGUGAAGAUGAAGACUACGAGCACCUGACUAUCACGAUGAAGAGAGAAGAAAGAAGAAUAAAAAUCACGAAGAUAAUGGGCCGUGAAGACCGAAGAUUUGAAGACAAGGACAGCGGGAGCAGUGAAGAUGAAGACUACGAGCACCUGACUAUCACGAUGAAGAGAGAAGAAAGAAGAAUAAAAAUCACGAAGACAAUGGGCCGUGAAGACCGAAGAUGUGAAGACAAGGACAGCGGGAGCAGUGAAGAUGAAGACUACGAGCACCUGACUAUCUCGAUGAAGAGAGAAGAAAGAAGAAUGAAAAUCACAAAGACAAUGGGCCGUGAAGACCGAAGAUUUGAAGACAAGGACAGCGGGAGCAGUGAAGAUGAAGACUACGAGCACCUGACUAUCACGAUGAAGAGAGAAGAAAGAAGAUUGAAAUUUACGAAGACAAUGGUCUGUGAAGACAAGGACAGCGGGAGCAGUGAAGAUGUGAAGACAAGGACAGCGGAGCAGUGAAGAUGAAGACUACGAGCACCUAACAACCGUAAUGAAGAUGAAGACAGAAGAAAGAAGAAUGGAAUGAAGACUACGAGCCCCUAACAAUCACGAUGAAGAGAGAAGAAAGAAGAAAGAAAAUCACGAAGACAAUGGACUAUGAAGACAAGAACAGCGAGAGCAUUGAAGAUGAAGACUAAGCACCUAACUAUCACGACGAAGAGAGAAGAAAGAAGAAUUAAAAUUACGAAGACAAUGGUCCGUGAAGACCGAAGAUGUGAAGACAAGGACAGAGGGAGCAGUGAAGAUGAAAACUACGAGCACCUAACAACCGUAAUGAAGAUGAAGACAGAAGAAAGAGGAAUGAAAUAAAGACUACGAGCACCUAACUACCACGAUGAAGAGAGAAGAAAGAAGAAUGAAAAUCACGAAGACAAUGGACCGUGAAGACCGAAGAUGUGAAGACAAGGACAACGGGAGCAGUGAAGAUGAAGACUACGAGCACCUAACAACCGUAAUGAAGAUGAAGACAUAAGAAAGAAGAAUGAAAUCCAUGAAGACAAUGGGGCGUGAAGACUGAAGCUGUGAAGACAAGGACAGCAAGAACAGGAAAAAUGAAGACUACGAGCACCUACUAUCACGAUGAUGAAGACAGAAGAAUGAAAAAUGAAAAUCACGAAGUCAUACAUUUGCCGCGAAGACAAAGACAGCGAGAACAGUGGAGAUAAAGACUACGAAGACCUAUCAAUCGCUAUGAAGAUGAAGACAGAAGAAAGAAGACCGAAAAUCGCGAAGACAAUCGACCGUAAAGAUUGAGGAUGUGAAGACAAGGACAGCGAGAACAGUGGAGAUGAAAACUACGAGGACCUAUCAAUCGCUAUGAAGAUGAAGACAAGAAAGAAUAAUGAAAAUCACGAAGACAUACAUGGGCCGUGAAGAAAAGCCAGCGAGAACAGUGGUGAUAAAGACUACGCGCAUCUACUAAUCGUGAUGAAGAUAAAGACAGAUGAAAGAAGAUUGGAAAUCGCGAAGACAAUGUGCCGUGAAGAUUGAGGAUGUGAAGACAAGGACAGCGAGAACAGUGGAGAUGAAAACUACGAGGACCUAUCAAUCGCUAUGAAGAUGAAGACAAGAAAGAAUAAUGAAAAUCACGAAAACAUACAUGGGCCUUGGAGAAAAGACGGCGAGAACAGUGGUGAUAAAGACUACGCGCACCUACCAAUCGUGAUGAAGAUAAAGACAGAUGAAAGAAGACUGAAAAUCGCGAAGACAAUGUGCCGUGAAGAUUGAGGAUGUGAAGACAAGGACAGCGAGAACAGUGAAGAUGAAGACUACGAGCACCUAACAGUCGUGAUAAAAAUAAAGACAGAAUAAAGAUGAAUAAAAAUUACGUAGACAUACAUGGGCCGUGAAGACUGAAGAUGUUAUGACCAAGACAGCAAGAACAGUGAAGAUGAAUACUACAAGCAACUAAAUAACGAUGAUGAUGCAGACAUGAAGAAAAAAGAAAAGCAUGAAGUGACAACAUUUAAGAUAAAGACUACGAAAACCUAGCUAUGAAGAUGAUGAACAUGAAUAUCAUUAAAGACGUCGUGAAGAAUGGGGAUAAAAAAAGAACAGUGACAUCAUUGAAUAUGAAGACCACGAUGACUUAACAGUCACCAUGAAGAUGAAAACAUGAAAAAAGAAGAAUGGAGAUCACUGAGGUCAUACAUCGGACCGUGAAGAUAAGAAGAAAAGAGAAGCGAGAUCAUUUUACAUGAAGAAUACAACCACCUAGCACUACCACGAUAGGGAUGAAAACAUGUAGAAAGAAGAAUUAAGACUACGAAGAUAUAUAAAUGGGCCGUGAAGACUGAAGAUGAAAAUGUGUACAACGAAGAAUGAAGAUCAUUGAAGACACAUCGGGCUUUGAGGACUGAAGAUAAGGACAGCGAAAACAUUUAGGAUGUUGCUAUCAUCCUACUACGUAGCAUUUGAGUUGAAUAUAUGAAAGAAUGAAGAUCACGAAGACACAUACAUGGACCGUGUAUUCUGAGAUUAGUAUAAAAGGACAGCGAGAACAUUUAAGAUGAACAUAACGAUAAUGAAGAAUUAAGAUAAAGGACGCGAUGAAUGCAAAUGUGAAUACAUGACCGUGAAGACUGAAGAUACAUAAACAAGAUCAGCUAGAAAAUUUAAGAUGAGCAUUACGACCACCUAAUAAUCAAGACGAGAAAAGAAGCAUGGAGAAUAUUAAGAUAUACAUUGACCGUGAAGACUGACGAAAAGAAGAUAAUAAUAGCGAAAACAUUUAACAAUAUGAUAACAAGAUAUGACGAAAGAAGAAUGAAGACAGAAGAUUUAAGAUAUGAAGAAAGAAGAAUGAGAACGCGAGUGGACCGUGAACACUUAAUGUACAACAUUUAAGAUGAAGAAUACGACCACCUAGCCAUCAAAUUGAAGAUGAAAACAUGUAGUAAGAAGAAUAACGAUCAUAAUUCAUACAUGAAGAUGAAGACUACGAAUAGCGAGCAAUCAUUAUGAAGAAAGAACUGUAAACGUUAACAGUGAAAUAUAUAUAAGUUAAAUAAUAAAUUCAAGUAGUUUGCUACUAAAGUAGUGUUCAAUACUGAGACAGUUUCAGGAUGUAAACUAAAAUUCUAGAUGAAAUACAAACAAUAUAUAUUGAGUAAAAAAAAUAGAUAAAUGACGACAAUUAACGCGAUGGCUGAAAAUAUUUCAAAUAUUAUUAAAACACUAUUACAUUCAACGAUAGACUAUGUUGGCAUAGUAUCACUAUAUCAACAUUAAAAAGAAAAAAAUGAGGACAAAAUAAGAAGACAAUGUAUGAUCAGCAAGCAAAAAAAGCAAGCCUACGAGAAUUAUACAAACCACGGAAAUGGUUGUAAAGAGGAAAAAGCAUUGAAACUAAAGUUCAUAAGGUCAAUAAAAUUAAAUUCUGAAUAUUAAGAAACAAAACAAUCCUUAAGACGUAGAUAGAAAACAAAUAAAAAACAUUAAAGAUAAUAUUUCAACGUUCUAAAAUGAAAUAAUAAACAUAAGAAGAAUUAGUAUGACCAUGAGGAGGCGCAGCAGGUGUGAAACAAGAGAAUGCUACAAAGUAAAUAAUUAUCUGAAGAAAAAUAAGGUAAGAAGAAGCGGACAAUGUAUGAUUUCCUCAUACUCAAAAUUAAAGUUACUGAAUAUUAAAAGGAAGAACCUAGCAGCGUGAUAAGAUAAAUAGCAAGACUACUUUACAAAAAGAAACUGACCACCAAUUAAACAGAAAAUUUAACAUGAUGAUGAAAAUUUGUAAAACGUAAAAUCCUACCGUCCAUAAAUAUCGAAUAUCUUAAUAUAAUAAUUGCAUAAGAUGAAGUGUAAUAAAGUACAGAUAACAAUAGGACUAGACAUGAAGAGCGAGACGAAAUCGCUCCAAAAUAAUUAGACCAUCACCACCAUACCAAUUUAAAUGAAAACACCAAAAAAAAUUAAGAUCAUAAACACAACCACACAGACAGACCUUAAUGUUGAAAAUAAUAAAGGAACGAAUUAUCUAAGAAAAAAGUGUUUAAGUAGGAUAUAAUCAUAAAAUAAUAAUAAUGAAGUAACAGAGAAAAUGGACCGUUAGCGCACAAAACAACAACUAGGAAAAACUACAUGAUGACUCAACAAAAAACUGCGAUUAGCAGAAAUGAAAAUGAAAACAAUAAACACACACCAAGAGGUAAUUACUAACAUAAGCAGGGGAGCAAAAAUAUAUGAAGACAAAGAAAAAAUAAAGAAGAAUAUAUUUUUGUAUAUUGCUACAUGCGAAGUUGUAUACGUUUGUUUUAGAAAUAAACGAAUGAAUUCUUA